UUCAUCUCUUUAGAUACCAGUGCAUAUCUCAGAUAGAGAGAGAGACAGAGAUGGGGGUGCCCUCGUUUUUCAAAUGGCUGGUGAACAAGUAUCCCAAAGUGGUGGUCAAAGCUAUCGAAGGUCAGAGAGAGGAGUCUCCAAACCCAAACCCUACUAACUUGGAGUUCGAUAACUUUUAUCUUGACAUGAAUGGGAUCAUCCAUCCUUGCUUCCACCCAGAAGCAGCUGACGAUGAUGAUGAUGGACUUUUGCCACCAGCAAAUUUUGAAGAGGUGUUCAUCAAUAUUUUUGAAUAUAUUGAUAUACUUUUCAAUAUUGUUAGGCCACGGAAGCUACUAUACUUGGCCAUAGAUGGAGUUGCUCCAAGGGCUAAAAUGAAUCAACAGCGAAUGAGGCGCUUUAAGUCAGCGAAGGACGCUGAGUUCGCUGAAGUUGAAGAAGAGAAGCUGAGAAGACAGUUUGAAUUGGAAAGCAAACAAGUCCUACCAAAGCAGCAGUCCGAAGUAUCAGAUUCUAAUAUAAUAACCCCCGGAACUGAAUUUAUGCAUAAAUUGUCAAAGGCUCUUCGAAACUAUAUCAGUUUACGUUUGAGCAAUGAUCUAGGCUGGAGGGACAUCGAGAUAAUUCUGUCUGAUGCCAAUGCUCCUGGGGAAGGUGAGCACAAAAUAAUGUCAUUCAUACGCUCACAGCGCAAUCUUCCUUCAUAUGAUCCAAACACGCGCCAUUGCUUAUAUGGACUGGAUGCUGAUCUUGUCAUGUUGGCUUUGGCGACGCAUGAGCUUCACUUUUCCAUAUUGAGAGAGGAUGUUCUACAUAAUGAACAGCGUCAUACAAACUGUGAAUCUAUUCGAGAGAAAGGUCCAUUUUCAGGAAAGUCAGAUAACAAAAAAAGAUCCAUGCUAAAAAAGCCCUAUCAGUUUCUUCAUGUUUGGAUUUUGAGGGAAUACUUGGAGCUUGAUUUGAAAAUUGACGACCCACCCGAGAACUUUAAGUUUGAUCUUGAGCGUAUAAUUGAUGACUUCAUCUUCAUGUACUUUUUUGCGGGAAAUGAUUUUCUGCCCCACAUGCCAACUUUGGAAAUUCAUGAGGGUGCAAUUGACUUGCUGAUGACUGUCUAUAAGAAAGAACUAAAAAAUCUUGGUGGUUAUAUGGUUGAUAUGCUCCGGGUCAAUGACAAGAAAUCAGGGUACAUCAAGCUAUCCAGAGUUGAGAAAUUCAUCCUUCUUGUUGGUUCUUAUGAAGACAAAAUUUUCAAGAAAAGAUCAGAACUACGUGACCGUAAACUGAGACGUCUUUGUUAUUAUAAUGAUUCUCUAGAGGACGAAGUUGAUACUAGAAGUACAAUUACUGGUUCGAGCAAUAAUCAGGUAUUCCUCAGUGGAGAAGAAUUGGAAGUUUGGUCAGAUGGAACGUCUGACAUUAUGCAUUCUCAAGUUGUAGGAAAUACAAAGGAGUUGAAGAAAAAAUUGAAAGAUAACAUCAGAAGGAAAUCUGAUCUGUUCAAGAAUGGUGAUUUGGGGACUGACAAGGUCCGAUUCGCUGUGGGAGGCUAUAAGGAAAGAUAUUACAAAUACAAAUUUUCUGCAGAAGGUCCAGAGGAUAUUGAAAGGAAAAGGAAGGAAGUAGUAUGUCUAAUUGCCAUGGUUAAAUGCUACACUGAAGGACUGCUCUGGGUUUUAUUGUACUAUUUUUCGGAGCCCCCAUCAUGGACAUGGUUUUAUCCUUUCCAUUACGGGCCAUUUGCUUCAGACCUCAAGGGCCUCGGUCAGGUGAAAGCGAAGUUUCAUAAAGGUUUCCCUUUUAAGCCUAUUGAUACUCUCAUGGCUGUGUUACCUCCAAGAAGCGCUCAUGCACUUCCUAAAGAUUAUCAGAAACUAAUGACUGAAGAGAGUUCCGGCAUUAUUGACUUUUAUCCUACUGAUGGAUUUUUUUCUUUAAAUGUUCCAUUGGGUGAAAAAUGGCGGUUUGGGAAGCUGAGAGUGGGUUGUCGGGAUGACAUGUAG